CAUGAGCCAAUGAUGUAGAGGAUAAAUCAGUAUCAUACAAUGCUAUCGCAAUAGAUUAAGAUCCCUGCACAUAAACUUUCGUCAUUGACAAUUGAAUAAUCGAAUAAUCGAUCCGUCCGAUCUACGCGCGCGCACCCUCCCGAAGACCUUACAUUGUCGCCAACACACAAGACAAGCGCAAUAAUACCAACAGUGCUAUAAGUAGUAAAAUACAGCAAUUGAUUAUUCAGAGAUGGCGGCUAAAUCAGGAAAGCUUGGAACUUGGAUCAAGAUGAUGGCUGCCGGCGGCGUAAUGUGCAUUGGCGGCCCGGCCCUCGUGUGGUGGGUCUCGCCCACCGACGAGGAGCUGUUCAAGAAGUACAACCCGGAGCUGCAGAAGAAGAGCCUGGCGCGUCGGUACGAGCGGCAGAAGGAGUUUGACGACUUCAUGACCCAGGUCAAGGCCGACUCCAAGUCCAGCAAGCCGAUAUGGACGGUACAAGAAGAUGCCCUGCGGAAGCGGAAGGAGGACAAGCUUCGCCAGGAUUUCCUCGACGCCGAGGAAGCAAAGGCGCGCAAGGAGUCUCUGCGGAAGGAGUCGGGGCUAUCGUCCAGUUCCUGAUAGCUACCUAGGUACCUAGAACACCGGAUGAUCUACUUGGUACAAGGUAUCGUGUUACUACUAUAUUAUGCGGAGUCCAAAAAGUACGUAGGGCCACUAAAAAAAGAAAAUAAGGGAUAGGUUGAUUAUGGAUGGCAGCAUACAAUGGCGUUU